UCGUCACUGUUUGAGUGAGCGCGCGAGCGUCAAACAGUAGUAGCAUGAAGUUUGCCUAGUUGUGUACCAUUUUGUUAACAUAUUUUGGUUUCUAAUACUAACUGACUGACUCCAGUUUUGAAAUGGGCUCAAGGGUGAUAUCGAGGGCAAAGAUGUUUUUCAGUGUUCUUCGCUCUUUUCAGGAGGGAAGCAGUGAUUCAUGUUCAUAUGAGGACGACAUCCAGAUAUUAAAGAUAAAUGGGAAUAAAAUUGCUGCAGUAAAUUUGUACUGUGGCAGCCAGACAGUGUUUGUCUGCGAAAAGGCUGUUCCAAAAUUAAGUGAACCAGAUGACGAACAAGUAAUUGAGAGAUCAGAAUCUGAUGCUGAUGAUGGUUGUGAUGUUCUACAAAAUGAACAGGGACCGCAGCCGCUUACAGUCACAAAAGCAAGACAGCUGCUGUCUUUGUACACAUUAUUUCAAAACUCUGGCGUGUCAGCCGUGGACAGCAGUUUUGUUUUACACCCUCUCUGGGUUCGAUGUGACAUGUCUGAUCCUGCUGGAACAACUUGGUUUGGUGCUGAACCAGUCUGCGUGGGAAAUAAAGUGACUGGUGUCAAAUUGUACUCUGUAACCUGCAAAGGUUCCACUGUGGACAAACCAUCUCUGCUUACCUUGGAGGAACUGAAACAAGAGCAUAAGAAACGACAUCAUCCAUCCUCAAUGGGGCUUAAAGGAAAUGCCAGGUUCAGCUUGUUUGGCUCCACUGUUUUUGAAAACACCAUCAUUGAGUCACAGAGCAGUGUGACCGUGGAUUUCAAAUGGAGUCACGUGGAGAGCGUACUUGAGGCUCCUCCUUUGUCUUCAACAGCAACAAUGAAUAUCAAAGUUGCCAGUGGAGAUAUGAGAAGUCCGAUGUUUGAGAUGUAUAGGGAGCUGGAGUUUCUUCGGAGUCUUGCAGAUUGUUUGAAAACCGGUGAGACUGAAUGGAUGGAGCCCAUAGAAAGCACUUCAGCUGUAAAUGUGACCAAGGCCUACCUUGAAGAACUUAAGACCACUGCAAUAACGUCACAAGACCAGGCUGCAAAAACAGCAGAGCUGAAAUCUGAGACGGACCCCCCCAUUUUCAACUGUUUCUUGGAAAGAGGCAACCUGGAUUUUGUGGAGCAGCUGUGGAUUCGGUUAAGAAAAAGCGUGACAUCAUAUGAGGACAUCAGAGACAGUUUGAAGUUGGUGAUUGAAGCUCUAAGAUAUGACGAUAUCAAGCCUUGGAUUCACAGAGACAGCAGCAGCUCCCUCAGUAAGCUUAUUCUGCAGUCCUACCACCAGCAGAUCGAACACGUCUCUCUUACAGGUGUCACCCCCAUUAUCAUGCUCCUGGAGAUGGGUCUGGACAAGAUGAGAAAAGAUUAUAUCAACUACCUGAUUGGUGAAGAACUGACAACUCUAAACCACUUGUGUUACUUCCUGAGCACAGAGGUUGAUCUGCAGGAGCAAGUGGUCCGACUCAGGAAACUGCACCAUCUGCUGGAGAUCAUUGUGACCUGUGGAACCUUCCUGGCUCUGCCCUACGACCGCCUCUUUCUUCUCACACAAUCAUGUUUGCAACACUACAAAACGUCCCCCUACGAUGAGGAACAUGAAUUCAAACUUCAAAUCAAACCAGCCCUGAUUACCCAUUUGUAUCAGAAAGAGCAUCCGUUAACGUGGAGGGUGGAGAUCGCCAGUGGCCACGGUCCUCGUGAGGUGAGGACAUCCUUACAGCUUAGUGACAGACCGCUGGUUGAUCACGUCAUCUUUGAAACAGAUUACCCGAAUGAAACCGUCAAUGGGGACAGCGAGGAGCCUGCUUUCUUUUCCACCAUGGUGUGCUGCAGCCUUGUCAGCUUUACCUGAGUUUACAAAGCGCACAAAUACACAACACUGUGCGUGUUGGUAUUUGAGACUUUCAUUUAGAAAUUAACAUAUGAAAAACUUAUAGCACAGGCCAAAAUCAUUUAACCUCCUUAAAAGUCUAAAGUAUACCUGUCAGUAUGUUGUUUGUGUUAAUAAACUUAAUCGAUUCCAGUC